GAGCGGCGGGCGCCGGGCUCAGUCCGGCCGCACAGCGGGAGGGAGGCGCGAGGCCCUAGCGGUGCAGGGCUCCGCAGCGCCUGCGGCGCGGCGCGGCGCCCGGCUCGGCUCCAUGCCAGCAGCCCCGCCGGACGGCCCCUGAGCGCGGCACCCCGCGCGCCCCUGCCCGCCGGCACCAUUGCCCCGACGGCGCGGCCGGGCAGCCCGGCUCUGCCCAGGCUCCGCGCUGGCCGCAAGACGCUGCUGGCGGCCGCUGCUGGCGUGGUGAUGCUGCUGGUUCUGGUCGUGCUGAUCCCCGUGCUGGUGAGCUCGGGCGGCCCGGACGGCCACUACGAGAUGCUGGGCACCUGCCGCAUGGUGUGCGAUCCCUACCCCGCGCGCGCCGGCGACGCCCGCACCGAGCAGAGCUCGCCGCCGUCCACGCUGGUGCAGGGCCCUCAGGGCAAGCCGGGCCGCACAGGCAAGCCGGGCCCCCCGGGCCCACCUGGAGACCAGGGCCCCCCGGGUCCAGCGGGACCGCCAGGGGUGCGGGGCGAGCCGGGCCCGCCGGGGCCCCAGGGGCUGCCCGGAGCAGGAGCCGCGGGUGCGGUGAGCGCCGCCACCUACACCAUGGUACCGCGCGUGGCCUUCUACGCCGGCCUCAAGAACCCGCACGAGGGCUACGAGGUGCUCAAGUUCGACGACGUGGUCACCAACCUAGGCAACAGCUACGACUCGGCCAGCGGCAAGUUUACGUGCAGCAUCCCGGGCACCUACUUCUUCACCUACCAUGUCCUGAUGCGCGGCGGCGACGGCACGAGUAUGUGGGCAGACCUGUGCAAGAACGGCCAGGUCCGGGCCAGUGCCAUCGCUCAGGACGCAGACCAGAACUAUGACUAUGCCAGCAACAGUGUGAUCUUGCACCUGGAUGCGGGUGAUGAGGUCUUCAUCAAGCUGGAUGGUGGCAAAGCCCACGGCGGCAACAGCAACAAGUACAGCACUUUCUCCGGCUUCAUCAUCUACUCUGACUGAGCCCUGUGGCUGCGCCCCGCCCCGCCCCCAGGGAGCAGAAGGCUGACCCAGCAGACCCACCUGCCUGCAGCCUCAGCCUGGGGUGGCAAAUCCCUGCAUCCCAGAAGCUGCCUAGCCCCAGCACCCCAAAGCCCCAGCCCAGCUGUGUCCCUCUGACCAAAGCUAUAAUAAAAACCUUCCCACCUGCGGUGCGGUCUGUACCCUGAAGAGGACAGCAGGGACACUGACCUGCUAGUGCUCGAAGCACUGGAACCCUGUGGGAAGCAGCCUGUCCCCCACUCCCCCACCUCCUGAGGUGAACGUUCUGGCACAUACUGCUUUGGCCGUCACAGGCAGUGUCUAAGGUGGGACUCCUGGGUUCUUGUCUCUUCCUGCGACACUGGUCCUGGGGGAAUCAUGCCUCUGGGACCCACUAUGGGUCUGUGAUGGCAUAGAAAGGAACAGGCCAGGGGCUGGGGAUUUAGCUCAGCGGUGUAAGCACCUGCCUCGCAAGUGCAAGGUUGUGAGUUCAAUCCCUGGUGCAAAAAAAGGAACAAGCCUGUUUCUCAUCCAUGGGAUGUAGACUGAAAAGAGGUAUAACGGACAUGCUCAAUAAACACAGCUCUUGUUAUUUAUA